GCAAGCAACAAAUGUCCCAGAUCUACAACAUGUAUCCACUAUUCUAUGUACAUGUAUGUCGAGUCUCUAUUUUCUCCUGAAGAGAACCUAUGCUACAGAUACAACUUUCCAGAAUUUAGAUGAUGAUGUGCUUAAACAGUUUGAUGAAUGGUGUGCUGACCCAGUGCCUAAACAGUUUGAUGAAAGGUGUGCUGACCAACAGAAUGUACCAGUCUUUAAGUUUUGGUUUCCGAUUAUUUGAAUCGAAAUACUGUGCCUUAACUAAGUGUGGGCUAUCAGAGAGGGAAAUUUCCCUCUUUAUCUCCAGUCAAUUAGCAAUCUUAUCACCUGGUUUUUUGUUUUCUGACCUUGUCAAUAUGCUUGCUGAGUACCAGUUCAGAAUAUCAUCAGAACUCAAAGUUCAAAAAUGGAUAGCUUUUGGAAAAGUAAAAAAUUAGAGAUAUCUCACUUCUCAUGAAAUUGCAGCUGCCCUUUGACAUGGUAGGACUAUGUGUCUCCCCUUAUUUCAUGCCCCAACAGGUUCAGACACUAUAUCUGGAUUCUAAUCAUUGAACGUUUUGUUGUGAUUUUAUACAAUAGAGACAAUGAACAAUGAAAUAACUGUAAAUGCUGCAAGACAAGAAAUGUUAACAAAGAAAAC